CUUGGAUUGCAAUUGAGAGAUUUGAAUAAAAAGAACAGUUAGAAGAUGGCCUUUGCACAAGUAGUGAUUGGUCCUCCAGGAUCGGGCAAGACCACUUACUGCAAAGGGAUGAAAGAAUUCCUCUCUCAGACUGGACGCAAGGUCACCAUCGUUAACCUGGACCCGGCCAACGAUUUCCUCCCUUACGACGUCGGAGUGGACAUCUCAGACCUGGUCACCCUCUCGGACGUCAUGGAGAAGCUCCGUCUGGGGCCCAACGGAGGCCUGGUCUAUUGUAUGGAGUACUUGGAGAAGAACCUGGACUGGUUGAAAGGCCAGCUCGAUAAAUUCAAGGACCAUUACUUUCUCUUUGACUGCCCCGGUCAGGUUGAGCUCUACACGCAUCACAACUCUGUGAGGAACAUCGUUACCCAGCUCCAGAAAUUGAACUUUAAGUUGGUUUCCGUCCAUCUGGUAGACGCCCACUACUGCAGCGAUCCGGCCAAGUUCAUCGGCGUUCUCCUAACGUCUCUCUCCACCAUGCUUCAGAUGGAGCUUCCUCAUGUCAAUCUCCUCUCUAAGAUAGACCUUGUGGAACAGUACGGAAGAUUAGCCUUCAACCUGGACUACUUUACCGAGGUCCUAGACCUGGGCCAUCUCCUGUCACAUCUAGAAGAAGACCCAUUCCUCAAGAAAUUCAAGAAGCUGAAUGAGGCCCUCAUUGGUCUGGUGGAAGACUACAGUCUUGUUUCUUUCAUCCCCCUCAACAUUCAAGACAAGGACAGUGUAUUGACCGCCGUCAAGACAAUAGACAAAGCCAAUGGCUAUGCCUUUGGGGAUCUUGAAGAGAGGAAUCUCAAGACCUUGAUGUCAUGUGCAGUGGGUGCGGACUUUGAAUUCUUCAAAACGGCUAGUGUCCAGGAGAAGUACAUGCAGGAGGACUCCAAACCCCUGGGUGAAGCCGCCGCAGCACCUGAAGACAUGGACACAUGACCUAGAGAUGGAUGUUACGCUCUCCAUGAUGAAGAAGAGAAAGACUGGUUCACAAGUACAAACGAACAGCUUGUGUUCAUGAGUUCAUACUCUAAACCUAUGAAGAAAGUUAAGGUUAUGCCUGAAGGUGUGGAUGUGUGAGGGAGAGGUACUCUUACAUCCUAAGUGCCAUGCAAGAAGAACGCUCCUCGGAAGUCAAAGCGGAUAGAUAGUGCCAAAGAUUGAACUGCCAGCUGUGUGUGGACGCCAAGGUAGAGCGGUUGAAGAUAUUGAUAUGUGGCCAAGAUACAUCUUUAGCACUCUCCAUGCCACAGAAGAGCAGUGCUUACAAAAGUGAACAGCUGGACCUGAAGACAAAUAUGUGUGUAGAGUGAAGAUUAGUCAAAGAAAUAACCUUACCGUGGACUUACAUCACACAUGUUGUAGACAGGAGCGGUGCUUGAGAAAGAACAACUCAGGUCAAAGAUAAAUCUGCAAAUAUGUGUCAAAGUGAGUGAAGGCUUGGAUGCAUGAUGAAGAAAUCUUCCUACAUCAUGCAUGGGUGUAGAAUGGGAAUCAGAGGUUGACUGAUGAAAUUGGACUGCAAAUGUUUAAGGGAGAUACAGUAUGAUGAGGGAGGGUCAUAAUCAUUACCAUUAUCAUCAUCAUCAUCAUUAUUAUCAUUAUUAUCUAUGGCCAUCAUCAUCAUCAUCAUCAUUGGCAGUGUC